AACGAAGUCUGCGCAGAGCCUCCGAAUGUCCGCCUUAGGAAACCACGAAACGAACUUCUACAAAAUUAUUGUCUCACUUCUCUCGCUUCAUAGCCCGUCGUCUUUUAGUCUACACGCAAGAUCGUCGGCACCAGUCUACUUUCCCUUUCUACGCUCCCUCCGAAACGGCCGGAGAAAAGCAUUAAAAAAAAUACCCCGAUAAGCCGGUGAUCAGCGCAGUCAUGGCUUCCACGAACUCGGGAAUCACCACAGACGAAACCACCGGAGAGCGCUUUAUCCCCUCUUCGCUUCGGCCCGAUGGCUCAAAACGCCGCGAAAUUCGUGUUCGGCCCGGUUAUCGCCCCCCUGAGGAUGUGGAACUGUAUAAGAACCGCGCUGCAGAAGCCUGGAAGAACCGUGGUAAAUCUGGGGUGCCAGGAGCAGAAAGCUUAAAGAGUGACAACGACACAGCCACUAAAGCAGGCACCGCUGCCAGCAACAAGAAUGCCAAACGGAGGGAAGCCAAGAAAAAGGCAAAGGCAACACAGGAUGGAACGGCUUCUACCGAGGGCAGAAACCUGAAUGAAAUCGAGGACUGGCGUGUCUCUGCUUCGAGCGCCGAUAAGAAGCAGCCUGAUGGAUCGGACAAGGCAGCUGCAGGGACCGAAGAGGCGGCCGACCCAGAGGCGGAGAAGGAAAAGAAGGCGCGCAAUCUUAAGAAGAAGAUCCGGCAAGCACGCGACUUACGGGACAAGAAAAACCAAGGAGAGUCUUUGCUGCCUGAACAACUGGAGAAGGUGAUCAAGAUUCAAGAACUCAUCCGCCAGCUUGAUGCUCUUGGGUUUGAUUCCAAUGGUGACAAGAAGGACGGUUCUGCGGGAAAAGAGGAUGUCUGAAACUGAUACGGUGUAUUGUCGAUCAGGAAUGAUAUUUCAAUUCGGCGGUUCUUCCAGAGGCCCUCUUAUUAUGGACCGCCUACCUCUCGCACCUUGCUGUCUAUAUUGGUAGCCGGAAGGACUAUUAUCUCAAGGCGCUUUCGAGCAUAUCUGAGCCUGUGUUUCGCAGAACCGCUUUCUGCGAGUAACACAAGGACUGGCCGCAUCGCGGUUGCAAUUUGAGUCUGAGCUGCAUAUACACCCUCCAGCUUACCCACCGCUUAUCAGAUUAUCGAGGAACUCAAAUAUGGAAGAUCCUAGCGACUACCUUGUCCCUCUCAUGACAAAGGCACUGUCCUAUGGACUUAGGGUAUCAAGGGUCUCCGACCAUUCAUAUUAUAUUCUCACUGUGAAAUUUGCCUAUUUCUUUCUUCGCCUAGAACUUAUAUGCAUUUACUGGUCAAUUCGAACCCACUAUAAGCGACUCGUUACGCACUAUGUUUACAGAGACAAGUCUGCAAUCUGUCGAGCUCUUUUUUUCUUCCCAUGUCGGCAAGAUUAGCGUGAGUCUAUAUUAUAUAGGAUAUUAUAUAGGAUCAUAAAGUUAAAUAGAAGAAUAGUCGUCUCAGAAA